UUUGCUAUUAGAUAGGUGGGCCAAUUGAAGGAAAGAGUAUCGGUUUGAUGUAGAGGGCACACGAAACAGCGCUAAUGGCUUAUUCUGACGUUUAUUAACCGACCUUUAUGUUAAUAAAUGAAAUAGCUUACAGAAACCAGUGGUAUAUAUACCCAAUCCCAUAGGCCCAUACCACUCCAUACUACGAAUGUGGUUUUUAUCACUACACACGGCAGAAUAUUAGGAGAGCACCUGUGUUAUACAGAACCAACCUGUUGAUAUUUAUAUAUGAACUAACUAUCGCCUCUUAUUAUGUUCCGUGUGUCACACACAAGGCCUACAUCUCGGAAGACAGAGGUACUCCUAGCAGUACAGGUGUGUUUAACUUUGAUGUCUACAGCACAGAUGACGGAACCAUCACGUGACAAAAUCGAAAAUAAGACAAGACGAGAUAAUAUGACUGCUCCAACUGAAAACAUUUUAACAGAGGGUUUAGGAGAAACAGACGAAAACAACAUCUUCUGUGAUUACUACACCAUUUGGUCAUCUUGGACUCGUUGCAACCGCCAUUGCCAACAAACCCGGAAACGGAAAUGCCGAUUCCCAACAUUUUGUGGUCACUCGCGCAUCCGGGAAAAGCGCCCGUGUAAUAGAAAGAGUGGACCCUGUAAAGAAGUGACCUACAAGGUCAUAGGGUCAACAAAAUCCAACAGGAAGAAAGAAGAUUUGUUGUACGAUCUGUUUUAUAAGCCUUGGUCAUCAUGGGGUUCUUGUUCGAGAACGUGUAAGAAGAGGCGUCGACGACGAUGCAAGUUUACUGACGUAUGCGGAAGUGGUUACCUUGAGGAGGAGAGAUACUGUCGUAUCAUCAACGACACAUGCCAUGGUUCCUACAUUUUAAGUACAAACAGAUUCAAAGUGCCUGACGAGGACAGGGGCAGACAAAAACAGGAAGCCGCUGCAUCAAAUACUACGUUAGAAAGUCUCCAAAUCUCGUGUGGACUGAGGCCUCCUGGUACAUCCGGGCGAUUCAAAAUUGUUGGAGGGCAAUAUUCCGCCCCAAACAGCUGGCCAUGGCAGGUUGAGCUACUGAAUAAACGGAAGAAACACUUCUGUGGAGGAACGCUGAUCGCCCCCUAUUGGGUUCUGACAGCGGCUCACUGCAUACGGAAACGAGGCAAAACUCGUAAGAUAAUUGUGCGCGUGGGCGAGCAUGACGUCACAAAGCUAGAAAAGACAGAAGUGGACUAUACUGUUUCGAAAUAUUUUCCUCAUCCGUCAUUUAGUUAUAAAGCCGUAAUGAAUGACAUAGCAUUAUUAAAAUUGAGUGCGCCUGUAAAGACUUCUAAUAUCACCGGAUAUGCUUGUCUUCCCGUGAAAUCCAAAAGACUUUCAAGUCGGACUAUUUGUAAAACAAUUGGCUGGGGCCGAACGCAGAGUAAGAGUUUGACAGGAAGUGACGUAUUGAAGGAAGCAGACGUGCCAAUAGUCAAGAAAAGAAAGUGUCAAAAAGCAUUUGAUUUUACAAUUACUCGCUCCCAGCUUUGUGCAGGAUACAAACGAGGAGGAAUAGAUUCUUGUAUUGGUGACAGUGGGGGACCACUUCUGUGUCCUUUUGUCUCAAAUGACAAUGAAACACGGUGGUAUGUAAAUGGUGUCACAAGUUAUGGAGAAGGAUGUGGAGAAAAAGGAAAAUUCGGAAUUUAUACAAAUGUUUUAAAGUAUAUGCACUGGAUUCAAAAAAUCCUUUUAAAGAAAUAAUUUUGGAACGCCAAAAUUAUCUGUACACCUCAGGAAACAAUUGUUAUCCUUUAUUUAUCAGUAGGAAUUGAAAUCUUCGUUAUUAACUUUUUUUCCAAAUUGGAAACUACCGGUAUAAGAUCGACGUUCCGCUGGACAAGAAGUGUUCCCAGAAGUAUACAGGAGUUGCGCCCCUUGAUUUGCGCAAAUCGGAAUAUUUCUAUAAAAGAUAACAUUGUGAAUUUGUUUGUUUGUUAUUUUCAAUAAGUUAAAUUGAUGUAUAUUAAAAUCCAAGUACAUAACUCAU